AUGAUUUAGCCAGUGUUAAAACAUGACAUCGAACUACCUGCUACAAUUCCUAACUUGCUGCUGGAAAAACAUGCAAAUUUUUUACUUUCUUAUGGCACUGAUAAGGAUGAAUAUAUAUAUUGUAUGACAGAGCACAUGAGAAUGUCUGGAAUGUACUGGGGUUUAACAGCACUUGAUCUUAUGGGUAAACUUGAACAAACAAAUCGAAAUGAGGUGCUUGAAUUUAUUGCUCAAUGUCAAACAGAAAGUGGUGGUAUAGCUGCAAGUUUGCAACAUGAUCCACAUAUUCUCUAUACCUUGAGUGCAAUACAAAUACUUUGUAUCUAUGAUGCUUUAGACACUAUUGAUUUAGAAAAAGUGGUAAAAUAUGUAAAAGAAAGGCAGCAACCAGAUGGAAGUUUUACUGGUGACAUCUGGGGUGAAGUUGAUAUGAGAUUUUCUUUUUGUGCCGUAGCAACUUUAUCUCUUUUGAAUCGAUUGGAUGCAAUAGAUGUUGAUAAAGCAGUAGAAUUUGUAAUGAAAUGUAUGAAUUUUGAUGGUGGUUUUGGAUCAAAACCUGGGGCUGAAAGUCAUGCUGGUAUGAUUUACUGUUCAAUAGGACUUUUAUCGAUAACUGGUAAUCUUCAUUUAGUAGAUGCAGAUCAAUUAAGCUGGUGGCUUUGUGAAAGACAACUUUCAUCUGGAGGAUUAAAUGGUAGACCAGAAAAAUUACCUGAUGUUUGCUAUUCAUGGUGGGUUCUUUCUGCACUUACAAUUCUAGGACGCCUUCAUUGGGUUAAUAAAGAGCAAUUGGUAAAGUUUAUACUUGCAUGUCAAGACACAGAAUCAGGAGGAUUUAGUGAUCGUCCAGGAGAUGUUGCUGAUCCAUUCCACACUCUUUUUGGCUUGACUGCACUUUCUCUUUUAAACGCUGAUUAUCCACUAAAAAAGAUUAAUCCAACAUACUGCAUGCCUGAAUAUGUAAUUCAAAGGUUACAUCUAAAACCUUCAAGACUCGACCAAAACAAUUGACAUUUGAUGAAAGAAAAUUAACUUUUUACUAAACCCAGAUAUUUAUGAAUA